AUGAAGAUUGUCGGACGAGAUUCCUUGAUACGAAACGGUUCUGGUAGAGUGGAGAUGGUGCCGGAAGAAGCUGAUGAUUUCUGGGUUGCUUACAAUCUAAUUGCAAAAGGCGAUACGAUUUCCACUUCUGUAACUGUCAAGAAACCCGUAAAGAAAACAACAUCUAGAGAUAGGGAUCAUAAGCUAGCAAUCAUGUGGGUGAAAUCAACGCUGGAAAUCAAGGUUGAGUCGAUGGAGUAUGAAACACAAGGGUUUGCAUUGCGAGUUCGAGGGAAGAUGAUUAAUAAUAAUGUUGAUGCUGAGAAUGAACAAUACGUGGAGAAAGGCGUAGGUGUAUUCCACACCAUUGUAAUUGAGCCGGGUCUAGCUUUCGUCUUGAAGAAAAAGGCGUGGGAUUCGCUGGCGUUGGAAUCUCUCCAUCAAGCUUCUUCUGAUUCUCCUCCUCGCGCCACUGAUUUGGUUGUGGUUUUGAUGAAUUAUUCUGUAGCCCAAAUUUUCUUUGUGGGGAAAAGUGUGACAGUUUCUCGUUGUCGUAUAGAACAAAAAGAUGAACAUCACACCUUUCGCGAUCGUUCGGAUGCUGACAGAUUUAUGAAGAAAUUCAUCUACAAUGUCCUGCAGGCGCUUCUCAGACACGUUGAUUUCAAGGUGGUGCGCCGCGUUGUGAUUGCCUGCCCCGCAUACUCAAAGGGUUGGCUUCAUGAUCAAAUGUUGCUCGAGGCCAAAAGGAACAAACUUAGCGCGAUUACGGAGAACAAGGCACGCAUAGUUCUUGUGCACACCAACGCGCAGAGUUUGAAGGCAGUUUUUGAUGCUCCGGAUUUCAUGAACAGGAUCAAAGAUACAAGAAUCUCAGAAGAGGUUCGAGCCCUGAACGAAUUCUCCUCAAUGCUACUGAAUAAGGAUCCUGCUCGAGCAUGCUAUGGACCUAAUAAUGUUGAAGUUGCCCAUGCGAAUGGGGCUGUCCAAACACUUCUCAUCAGUGAUGAACUCUACAGGAAUUCGGUUAUCGGGAAGAAGAAAAAAUAUGCAGAUUUGGUAAAGUCAGUGAAGGAUUCAGGGGGCACUGUAUACAUCUUCUCAUCCAUGCACGUUUCUGGAGAAGGAUUGGCAAAGUAUUCUAAUAUUGCAGCAAUUCUCCGUUUUCCCCUGGCGGGAACUAGGAAGCAUUGA